AUGUACCAGCACUUCGCCGUCUUGGCGCAGCAGUCGAACUGUGUGAACUACCGUCUUGGUAUGAAUGUCUCGGAUGCCAAGCUCCUCUAUGCCAUCGGCGAUAGCAACUACAACCAACGCAUGGAGAUUUUCCACUCCAAGUCGCUGGGUAUUGUGGUGUCAUGGGCUGGUAUGAACCAGACAGGUAUCGACUCAGUCCUGCAGGCGACUGACUUGUUCCUCGAGGAUGUGGACCGCGACCUGUUUCCGCAUGUCCGCAAAGGCGCCAAGAUGUACUCGGGCUUUCAGAACGAAUACAAACGCAUCGCUGAUAUUACUCUGGGCAAGAUCCACGAAUUCCAGGACAAAUACAAUGAGGACCGUGUAUCCCUGACGGGUCUUUCGUUCGGUUCGGGCAUCGCGGCUGUGGCAUCCCUGCACUUGAAUUCUAACCUCAAGCGUGGCAAACUUCACCGCGUCAUGGUUUUCGGUUUGCCCCGAAGCGGCAACCAGGAAUGGGCGGACUCCAUAGACGAUGCCUUGCGCGGCCGCUUCUAUUAUGCCGUGAACGGUGUCGACCUUGUCCCUCGUGCUCCACCGCGUGAACUUGGUUUCCAGCAUCCUUCUGGCCAGAUUUGGAUCAACCCGUCUAACUCGACCCACGCGAAGUUCUACCCUGGCCAAGAAAAUGCCAAUGGUGCGAACUCAGAGUGGGGUUUCAGUAUUCCAGACCACACGGGCUGGUACUUUGAUACUCACAUUGCUUCAUACUGGCAGAAUUGCCCGGCUAGGAUUGGUCACCAUUAA